AUGCAAAAACGAAUUUUGGUAUCCCGAGUCACCGCUUAUGAGCUCUGGACCUCAUUCAGACAAACUCAUCCGUGGACUGCACACGUUAUCUUGGAAUGGACUACCGGCACAGCACAUAUGAGAAUGCGUAUCAAGCGUUGUCUAAUGCGUUCGCGGGUUUGUAUUAUAUGCAGAGAAAUCGACGGUGCGGAGUGCGGCCGCUCAGCGCGUGACCUAGGAUUUCCCCUCUUUCAUGAUCCGUAUAUAUUGUGUGAACAAUCUAUGUCUGACUCCAUGGCAAAUAUGGCGGACGUCAGUGUACAGUCCCCGUUUGUUCAGCAGGAACACGCUCUGCCGGGUCGAGCAGUACCCUCGUCACAUAACGAAGGACUUUCCAUCCCUGCUCAUGGAGCACCAUGGAUUACGGAGUUGGAUGAUCAAACAUUUUUGGAUCAUGACCAGCUUGAUCCGCUCUCCGAGCGGCUUCUCGCUAGUUCCACGAUGAUGUAUCACGACUUACAUUAUCCAUAUCAACCAUCCUCAUCACAUGUGCAAGCGCCUGCAGCACGCGGACCAGAGCAUCUUUCGCUGUGCCACGCACCUCCCGUCGGCAUUGUGGUGUUGUCCGAUUUUGGGGUUUGUGAAGAGAGCCCAAGGUUUCGUACACCAUAUUCACAGCCCUUUCCGCACAAAAUGACCGAUUCCCCUCUGACGACCAUGGGCCUGCCCAGGGGAGGUGGGAAAAUGGGGAACUGCGCCAUCCGACACCUCGCUCUAGCUACUCUUGCAGGAGCUCUUAGGCAUCCUGCUGUCAUCGAGAGUCAGCCAGUAGUCGAACAGGACUAG